GUUCUGAAUCCGUUGUGCACCACUUGACCCAGAGAAGUUGUUCGAACACUACGUCCUGCAUGAGUAGCGGCAAAACUCGCGGCACUAGUACUAGAGUAGCACUGUGCCGCACUAUGUGACUGUCUGACCUUGCUCGCGCCUGGCUAUCGAUUCGUAGAAACAUAUUUAGGUUUCGUAUGGGUUUCCCGCAAGCACGACGUAGAAGAAGUCCUACGUCGCACAGCCAGCAAUUUCCAGCCAUACUGCUCGCCGUCACGUUAGGUUUCGCGGCAUGCGUCGAUCUCCGCCUCCCUCCCGCGGUCGCCGGCGAUUCAGACGGCGACGGCGGUGCGUCCGAGGAUCGCUUGUCGCUCGUGGGGCGAGUGGAGGCUUUCGAAGGGCAGCUUAACUACAUUCUACCAGGCGAGGUACCACCCGGAGCGGUCAGAUCUCCCGAUUGAACGGUUGGGAUUCGACCUGAACGCGGAGGAUCUGCCGAACGUGAUGCUCGGGCUUCACGAGCCUGACGAGCGGCACGGGGUGAAACUAGCCUGCCACGGGCCCCCGUGCCCCAGCUUCGGCAGCUGCAGUAACAGUAACAGUGACAGUAACGGUGGUGAUUACCGCAAUUUCCCGAACGUCAAGGCAUGCUGGAAUCCCGGGAUGGAAGACCCGGCCCCCGUGUUCCUCCCGGCUCCCGUGAACUGCCCGAAGGUCGAAAUCUUCGAGCGGCCCGCGUGGCCCUACAGCGGGCGGAACGAAUCCUGCUCGCACAAGCAAGAUUUCAACCCGCGCAGCCCAACCGCCCUGCAAAUAUUCCGAUUGCGCCACGUGUACGUGGAUCCGACAGGGUACCUCUUCAACGCGUCGCACCAGUUCAUCCGCAAUGGCUGCGCGCGGCUCAAGCGCCUCAGGAGCGUGUUGCGCUUCCCACCGUCGCACCCGGUGAUUCGAGUGAGGGCGGUGUUCAACUGGGCGUACGGUGCAGCGGCGAACUUCUACCACCUGCUCAUAGAGGCGCUGCCGUCGUUCCUCGUCGCAUCGACGGUGCUGCCGUCCAUUCUCAAAGAAAUGCCCAUCCUGGCUCGAUACGAUCAGUGGCGAAUGUACGACCGAGUGGGUUCUCCCCUCAUUGGCGUGGAAAGAGGCAGCAUGAGAGCCCUGCCCGCUGAUUCUGACGAUUUGUUUUUCAUUGACACUGUUUACCAGCCCAUGCUGCAGGACUGUGGGCAGCCCUCCCUCUCCUUGUGGACAAUGCUGCGCCGACGCCACCUGCUGCACCCGCAGGGGAUCCCCCUCUUCCAUCCCGACUGGACCUAUCGGGCCCUUCCUCCCCUCACUGCUGCACAGGCGCAGGCCCUGCCCCAGGAUUGGGUGGUGGUGGUGGCCAGGCGACUCGUUAAGAAGCGAUCCAUUACAAACUUUAACGAGGUGGAGCAGCUGGUGGAGAGAAUGUUUCCGACGGAGAGAAUUGUGAUGUUCAAUGGCUCGCUCUCCAUCCUAGAAGCGCGUGACUUGUUUCGGCGGACGCGUCUGUUCGUAGCCGGCCAUGGAGCCGCCCUCACCAACGUGAUCUUCAUGCCGGAAAAGGCGUCCGUGCUCGAAAUCAGACCCGACGGGUGCGAGAUUGUGUGUUACAAUCAUCUCUCAUAUGCAUGCUCCCUCACCUACCAUCUCAUAUUCAGCCAUGGGGGCUGCUACGACACUGUAGAAGCUCACAUUUCAACUGUAGCGGCAACGCUGGAAUCCAUUAGCAGGAGAUUUAAGGAAGAAGAUAGAAAGCAAGGCUUUGAUGGCAGCAAUAAAUAAACUCCUUUUUUGUAUACAGAGACAAUUUUGUAACUAUAUCAUGUGCAAACAUGGCAUUACCAUAACG